ACGAGAGUGGGUUCAGCACCUUCCAAUCCCCAUUGAAGAUGGGUCUGAGCUCGAGCCUGGUGCCAGUGGCGUCUGCACUGCUGCUCCUGUGCUGCUGCUUCACUGGUUGGAAUGCUGCCGCUUCUGCUAGUGGUGGUCUGAGGCUGAACUACUACUCCGAGAGCUGCCCGAGGGCGGAGCAGAUCGUCAAGGAGCAGGUGAGGAGCCUGUACGAGGAGCACGGCAACACGGCCGUGUCGUGGCUCCGGGCCCUCUUCCACGACUGCACCGUCAAGUCCUGCGACGCCUCCCUCCUCCUGGAGACCGACGCCGCCACCGGCCUCGUCUCCGAGCAGGCCUCGCCGAGGAGCUUCGGCAUGCGCAACUUCAAGUACGUGGGCGCCAUCAAGGCCGCCCUGGAGCGCGAGUGCCCGGGCACCGUCUCCUGCGCGGACCUCCUGGCCCUCGCCGCCCGGGACGGCGCGGCCAUGCUGGGCGGGCCGGCGCCGAUCGCGAUGCGGACGGGGCGGCGGGACGCCACGGAGAGCCACUACGGCGAGGUGGAGCGGUACAUCCCGAACCACAACGGCACGGUGUCGGCGGUGCUGUCUCGGUUCGGGUCCAUGGGGCUCGGCGCCGAGGCCGUGGUGGCGCUGCUGGGCGCGCACUCGGUGGGCCGCGUGCACUGCAGCAACCUCGUCGGCAGGCUGUACCCGGCCGUGGACGGCGGCAUCGAGCCGGCGUACGGCGCGUACCUGCGGGGCCGGUGCCCGACGGCGGACGCCAGGGAGGACACCCGCGACGUGGAGUACGCGCGCAACGACCGCGCCACGCCCAUGGUGCUCGACAACAUGUACCACAGGAACCUGCUGAAAGGGAGGGGCCUGCUGCUCGUGGACCAGCGGCUCGCGUCCGACCCGCGCACCGCGCCGUUCGUGAGGAAGAUGGCCGGCGACAACGGGUACUUCCGCGAGGCGUUCGCGGCGGCGCUGGUGAGGAUGUCGGAGAACGGGCCGCUCACCGGCGGGCUGGGGGAGGUCAGGACGGACUGCAGGUUCGUCAACGCCAAGUGAGAGCUGGUGAUCACUGGCUCAGUGACAAGACGUACAUGCUUGCUGAUCGUGUGUGUGUGUGUGUGUGUGUGUGGCGUGGGGCGCUAAUAAUUCGGAAGGGACCAUGGGUGUGUAUGUGUUUGUGCAUGCUUGCUGUAGUAUGAGCAGAGCAUGCAUACCUGAUGGAGAUGCGUUAUCCGAAUUCGCUGUAGUUUCCAACGUCUGCAACAAUGAAAUUCUGCCGAAACAA